AGUUUCACGUGUGAGAAAUAGACUAGAAGUACUGAUCGGGCUAGCCGGUUCUGUUACCUUUGAUCCGUCAUUACUGUAGAUCUUUACUUUUAUAUGACCCACUUUAGACGCUUACCGCUGGGGCAGUAGUUCUCUAUCGCAUUAACUGUGUCAGAGUUAACGUUGUGUGACUUAUUUAUGAUGCAACCAACAAAAUUCAAACUAACCGACGAGUGUAUGUGUCACUGUUGAUUACUAAUUCUUUUGGUUUUACCGAGUGAAACAAUAUUAUCCAGCUAGGAUACUAUAACCAGAAGACAAGUCUGAAGACAAUUUCGAAGUGGAAAUCUAUCCAGGUGUAAGGCUCAACCAUGCUUCGUUACUUAACGUAUCCUUUUCAAUAUCCAAUCACCUUCUACAACUGGAUGAUGUCAAAAAGUGAUCCCCGAACCAGCGAAUGGCCGCUUUUAGGAUCACCUUUUCCAAUACUGACACUGAUCGUUUUAUACGUUUACUUUGUUCUUAUUUACACCACCUACCAUUUUCUUCUGCAGGGUGGAAGCUUGUCGUAUCUCUCUGGGAAGUUCAACUGGGUGUGUGAACCCAUCAGUUAUGCAACGGAUCCAGAAACAAUGACGUUAGUAAGACUGGGCUGGUGGUACCUUCUUUUGAAAAUAGCCGAGUUUCUGGACACUAUGUUCUUCGUAUUCAGGAAGAAGUUUACCCACAUUUCAGCACUUCACGUAACUCACCAUUCCUUAAUUGCAUGGGGUGUUUGGAUUGGCAUGAAAUUUGGUGCCGGUGGACAAAACGCCUUUUUUCCGUUUGUAAACUGCUUUGUCCAUAUGAUAAUGUAUGCUUACUACUGUCUGGCCGCUCUAGGACCCCACAUGAAGCCGUAUUUAUGGUGGAAGAAGUAUAUCACCAUUAUACAAAUGGUUCAGUUUGUGAUCAUUGGACUUCACGCCGUCGUCCCACUGUUUUUUGGAUGUGAUUUUCAUCCUGGUUUUGCGUACGCUAUUCUUGCUCAUGCCAUCUUCUUCUUGGUAAUGUUUCUCAACUUUUACAUCCACGCCUAUGUCAAAAGGAAAGAACAAGAUCAUGCUCGUGAGGUCUUGAAGAAGAAAAAUGAGGAUCAUGACCACCAUAAUGGAACAAAAAUUAAUGGAUACUUAGCCAAUGGGUUUGUCAGGUCCGAAAACAUUAGUCUGGAAAAUGGAACGGUUCUCAGUAGAAACGGUCAUAAUGAUGUGUAUCAAAACAGAAAUGUACAUAACAGAAAACAGCAGAAAGAGGAAUGAACAUAAAAAAGUUAAUAAGUUUUUUAAUGUCAAAUAUAAAAAACAGUUCUAACUAUUAGUAU